GUGGUGGCGGCUGGGCCACUGGGCAGAGUCGGGGAGCUGCAGCCUGGUCUGGUCUGGGGUGUCGGGUGGCCCCAGAAGACUAGGAGGAGGAGGAGGCGCCGCUGCUCCUGUAGCUGCUUUCUUUCCCCCGUGGCAAAAUGGCUGACAAAGCCAAGUCUGGCAAAGCCGCCAACAAGACUCCCCCCAAGUCUCCUGGAGAUCCUGCCAAGGAGAAAUCAGCUAAACGGCUCUCACUGGAAUCUGAGGGCACCAAUGAGGGGGCUGCCGCCCCAGAACUCAGUGCCCUGGAGGAGGCCUUCAGGAAAUUUGCUAUCCAUGGAGAUACCAGAGCCACAGGGAAAGAGAUGCACGGAAAAAACUGGUCAAAACUCUGUAAGGACUGCCAAGUAAUCGAUGGGAAAAAUGUGACAAUCACUGACGUGGACAUCGUCUUCAGUAAAAUCAAAGGGAAGUCCUGCAGGACAAUUACUUUUGAACAAUUUAAAGAAGCUCUGGAAGAACUCUCAAAGAAGCGAUUUAAAGAUAAGAGCAAUGAGGAGGCGAUCCAGGAGAUACACAAACUCAUCGAAGGAAAAGCCCCAAUAAUAUCAGGAGUGACGAAAGCCAUCUCCUCUCCAACCGUGUCACGACUUACAGAUACAUCCAAAUUCACUGGUUCCCACAAGGAGAGGUUCGAUCCAUCUGGCAAGGGGAAGGGCAAGGCGGGGAGAGUGGACUUGGUGGAUGAGUCAGGCUACGUGCCUGGAUAUAAGCAUGCGGGCACAUACGACCAUAAAGUCCAAGGAGGGAAAUAGGCGUCUCGUACGGACAACAAGCAAGCAUUGUCAGGACGGCGAUGGCACACUGUUCAGGUUGGCAUGAAUGAGAAGGUGAUGAUGUUGGAAAUUGUUUUCAGGAACUGGAACUUAUUCUACCACCUGCUGAGGUCCUCACAACACAGGGCAACACUUCUUUACAUUCCUCAUGUUUAACGUGGGCAAAAGCAAAAGGAAAAAAAGAGUCUCUGAGCUUUAGGCAGGAAACCAAAUGGAAAUGUCUUUUUUUUUUUCUUUCUGAUCCACACCAUAUCAGUAGCACUAAGAGGCCAACAUUCCCAAAUGUUCAGUGUUGCUUCAGGGUCUCCUUUUACCCCUCAAAUGGAGUGUUCUCCUGGCCUGCUUCAUGUUUGGCAGAGUAUCUUUCAGAAGAACAUCUCCCACUUGAGUGGGUUGGGGGUCUGGCCAUGCCUGAUUCCCUUCUAAUGAGUCCACUCUGCCCUCGGAGACAAAAUGCUGAGCAUUAAACUGGGAAGUAAAUGGCUAUUUUUCCAAAGAGACUUCCAUAGAUCCGUAUUACUACCCUAUUUCCAAGCAGAGGAAGUUUCUUCCUGGAAAGCCAGAGAAAUGAGCUCCUGGAUGAUUAGUAUGUGAGCAGGGGGAUUAACAGGGCACAUCUCCAUAUGUCUAAAGUGGCCUCUUCCCCUUAUGUGAACCAUACCCACUUUAAUCCAAAUCACCAACACAUAUAAGGGAC